UCGAACCGAUUCCAUCGCAAUUUGUAUAAAAAUUAAAUGCCUUAAGGUCACUCCCAUAGCGACAUUUCAUAAAAGGAACAACCACUGAUAAGGCUCUGCACUGUCUCAGUGCGCUGAGGAUGACGACGGCAGCAGCUUGUUAUAUUUUAUUCGGUUUGCUGCUGAUCCAACAUGGAUCGACUUGGCUGCUGGACGAGGACUGCGGGGUUGCGGUCAGUUAUGCCUCCAGAGUGAUGUACGGAGUUCCUGCUGAGCUCCUGGACAACCCCUGGAUGGCCGUGCUCAGAACGCCGACCGAAUUCAUCUGUGGAGGCACGCUUAUAAACAGUCAAUUCGUCUUGACGGCUGCGCACUGCCUUUGCCAAAAUGCAGAUUGCACUGCAAAACGCGAUAAACUCACUGUUAGUUUGGGAGUUUACAAUCGCUCGGCAGAGAAGGAACCCAUGCAUGACCAUGAAGACUUUGAUGUUGUGGCCACUCACCUGCACGAGGGUUUCGAUAAGCCCGCCCUCCUGAACGACAUAGCCCUGCUCAAGCUCCACAAACGAGUGGUCUACAAGGCCCACAUUCGACCGAUGUGCAUUGAAUUGGAUUCGCGGUCGAAACCGACAUCGGACGCCAUUAAAGAGUUCACGAUAGUCGGCUGGGGAAGAACGGAAACAGGACAUUUAAGUGAUGUACUUCGGACGGCUAGGGUCAGCAGAAAAGUCGCAGACCAUUGUACAGCUCUACUUUGGUCCAACUGGACAGACUCGAUGAUUUGUGCGGGAUCAUCCAACUCUGUCGACACCUGCAACGGAGACUCCGGAGGUCCCUUGUACGCGAAAGUGUUAGACGGGGGCCCUGGUCGCCAAACUCAGUUCGGAAUCGUCAGUACCGGGACCUACGAAUGCAGCGGAAAGGGUGUCUACACCGAUGUUAUGAGCCACGUCGACUUUAUACAGCGAAUAGCCCUGGAAUCCGACAUUAGCGUCAUACUGCCAAAGAUACACCUGCUGGACGAGGGCUGUUUGGAUGACCCAAAAUCAGGAAGGAGAGCAGAGACUCCUCCGGACACCUACUCCUGGCUAGCCCAGGUUUACAUGGACGCUUUUGUGGUGUCCUACGGCGCUCUUAUAUCCCAGAGAUUUGUGCUGACAACAGCCCAGCUAGUUCCUGAGGAUUUUCCAUUAAAGGUACUUUUUGGGGAGACCAGUGAAAGUCUCACGGAUGCCUAUGAAGUCAGCUCUGUGCACAGGCACCCAGAGUUCGCGAGCCUGGCUGGGAACGACAUCGCCCUGCUGAAAUUGGAGAGAAGUGUGGACUACAGUGAUUCGAUGAGACCGAUCUGCCUGCCCUCGCCAACUAACAGGCUGGAACAGGAGAAGUUUCAGAAGAAGGCUAAUCUCUCGCAGGAACUCACUGCCGUCGGCUGGGGCAUUCGGAGCUCCACGAUCGUUCGUCGGGCUAAAGCUGCCGAAUGCUACCAGGGGGACUACCAGGCGAUAGGAGACAAGCAGAUUUGCAUGGAGCAUCCCAACUCCCUCAAAUCGAACGUGGGCAGUGGCAGUCCCUUGGUGAAGCGUCUUGCUUAUGGAAAUAGCAGGGCUUACACUCUCGUCGGAUUGGCAAGCUUCGGAAGGAAUGAGGGCCACUCCAGAGAUGUCUAUACCAAUGUUUUGAGCUACAUGGACUGGAUCGGAACUAUAAUAGAAUAGGUCUUCUGAUUGUGGUUCUCCCGAACCGAUACAAUAAGCACCAAAGUACUCCGGUCUGUUAAUAUAAAAUGAAUAAAAAUUUAUAGCUAUAUAAAAACCUAAA